CUGGGCUCCUUGUCCAAGUCACAGUCCCCCGCUGCCCUUGGCUCAGUCCUUUCAGCUCUAUCCGAGGCCGGCAGGAAGCAUCAGGGCCGAAGGAUCAUGCGGGGCAUGACAGCAGAAGAGGAGAGCAGGAGAAAAAAGGUGGAGAGGAAGAUGGACGAAGCCAGACAAGUCGAAUACAGAGACUUGAGGUACUACGAAAUGAAGGCACGGCAAGAACAAGAAGAAAUCGGCAGAAUUGGCGCGGUAUCACGCAAACUCAAGGCAGAGUGGGCAUUUGUUGCAGAGGAUGACUUCAAUGCUGUCGCCCUGGCGCUCUCGCUGCUCGACCAGAGCUCGAUGGGAGCCAACAGACGUGAAUUUGAAUCAACGAAGAGGCUCACGCAAGAGGCUUUGCAGGGUACAGUUGAUGACCACUACGAGGCUUUUGCUACAGCCAUCACCCUCCACAACUCGGUACUCGCUGCGAUGACAGAUGUGCAGACUUCUGUUUCAUCCUCUCGCAGGAGACUACGUGACUCUCGUGAGGCUCUGGGAUCUAAGCGUGCUGACCUUGUGCAGCUUUGGAACCGGCAACAGAGUGUCAAAGAAGCCCUCCGCCUUCUUGACACAGUCGAGCAGCUCAAGAAUGUCCCAGAUCGCCUCGAGGCACUCAUGUCGGAGAAGCAUUUCCUCACUGCCGUAAGUCUGCUGAUGCGAGCCCUCAAGGUAAUCAACAAGACUGAGAUGGUGGAGAUCGGGGCCACAGCAGACUUGAGGACGUAUUUGCACAGUCAAGAAGGUCACAUGCUAGAGAUUCUCGUUGACGAGCUCCACAGCCACCUCUACCUAAAGAGCACGUACUGUGACCGGAGAUGGAAGGGGUACCAGCCAGGCGAGGAAAGGCUUCCUGAUGCCAAGUGGGGACACGAGUACUCAGGAGCCGAUGACAAGGAACCAGAAGACGGAGAAGACACCUCGACGGCGCCAAACAAAGACGAAUACGCAGACAAGCGUGACGUCGAUGCCCCUCCUACGAAACUUGCCGCCUUCCUCCAAGCGCUAUCGAAUCGACAAGUUCUCGAUCAAUCCAAUGUAGCCAAUGACCUCGGCGAUCUUGAUGGAGUCAUGGCUUCGACAGCGAAUGGCACAGGUGGCAAUGCCAGCGACAGGAGGCCGAGCUAUGUCGGAUCCUUCUCCGAAGCUGCAGGGGACGCGCAAGCUGCCGCAGAGUUCGAUGAGAAUCCAGAGAUCGACAGCUUCCUCUACAUUGAGAUGCUGCUGGAGGCGUUGGCGCGACUGGGCAAGCUCUCAGUAGCUUUGGAUGUGAUCCAUCAGCGUCUGCCUGUCGAGAUCCAUGCGCUGGUAGAAUCGACAAUCCGAGAGGUGGAGAGCCGUACAGAGCCACUCCGUCGGACUUCCUCCAACACUCGCACCGACUCGAUCCUCUACCUAGCUCGAACUCUCGGCGAUGCAUCAGGACGAGUCUCCUUCAGUGCAGGCGCAGACUCAUCCGACACAUCACGCCCUCUGUCAACCAUGCUACGCCUCUCAGCGUCCGAAACAACGCAGGUCCAGUCAGAAGGGGAGAUCAUGCGCGAUCUAUUCUGGACCCUGUUCUCAAAGAUGGACGCGGUCUUGCAAGGACAUCGUGUCUUACACGAAGUAGCAGGCAGAAUCAGUCAGCGUCAGGGAUUCAAGGAGAUUGGAGCAGGAACAGGUACAAUAGCUGAGAAGCUCAGAGGCCGCCUGGUUGGUGGCGAGAGGUUGCUCGAGGUCUGGCGACCUAUCCAAGUCGAAGUUCGGACGCUGCUCCACGAGUAUCUCAUGGAUGACACCCAGUCUCCUACCUCGAGGAGGAACAAUAUGAUCUCCAUUAACGAGGUCCUACGGCAGGGCACAUUCCAUCGUGACCGAUCGAAGAAGCUCUUCCACCUCUCUGAUAGUCAAAGCGGAGCCUCAUACGGCAACAGCAAUGCUCUUACUCUCAACGCUCGUAGUGCUACCGCUUCGGGCAAGAAGGAGCUGAGUCCCGUCAGUCGUCACGAAGAGGCCUUGAACAGCGCCUUGAGGGCCUUCGUACCGGGUCUGGUCAAUGCUGCUGAGUCGAAUGCCGCAGGAAGUGGCACGGCUCUUGGCAUCUCAUCUCUUGCGACUUCGCUAGCGACGCAGCAGCGAGAGAAUCAAAUCUUUGCAUCCCUCUCCAGCAGCUCUGCUUUGAGCAACGAUAUGUUGUCUCGCAACCAUCGCCUUCUAGUCAAGCCAGACGCCUUCAACAUAUCGGUCCUCUUCCAACCCGCCUUGGCAUUUGUGGAUCGGGUGCGAGUAGUCAUGCCGAGCGAAGCCGCUGGGGAGACAAGCAAGGGCUUCAGUGCCUUCCUUGAGGAGUUCGUACAAGACGUCUUCUUGCCUCAACUCGAGGACAAGGUGCAGCACCUCUUCCAGGGAGCAGUGGGCGGCAGCGAUGCUUUCCAAGAAGAUCCAUCGUCCCGGGGAAUGUCGAGCAAGCCAGUCGUCAGGUCCGCUACUAACGUCGUGGUCUUGAUCGACAGCCUCUACUCCAUGCUUUGCACCACGCCCUUCCACCGAGAAAGCUACUCGAGACUAAUCAUCCAAACGAUCGUCCAGUACUACUCUUGCUGCCAUCAGCGUUUCCGAGACCUAGCCAGCACCGAGGUGCCACCUAUGCUCGGCGGUGGACCGCGCAGCGACGGAGAAGCAUCAGCUGCCGCAGCAGGCUACAUGCUGUCGGCAACGUGGGCGCAGAGUGCUCAACUAGCUGAGAUCCUCGCGGAAGCGGUGGAUACGGAAAACCCUCCGUCUGCCUCAAGGAAGUUGGAGCUGCAGACCCUGGAGAACGAUCUUCAGCUGAAGAUGGCCAGUCGCCAUCGUGGUCAGACUAUUGGCAGGAGUGACUUCAUCACCAGCCGCAAGAAGCUGAUUGCGCUAGGUCAUUUAGAGCAUAGUCUUCAGUGGUUUCUGCGCCACAUCUCCCGCCUCAAACCCACUGAUCAGUCUCUUCCUGUCUCUGUGAGACCUCGCGCUCGGCUCUCUGUCAUUCAGGGAGUCUCACCCAGUGUCUUUAGCUCGGAUCAAGAGUGGAGGCUGCCUCUAUCGAGUGAUAUGGCAGCUCGAUACGACACUUUGCCUAGGACGUAUCGACUGCUGUCUCACACGAUCCUCUUUACCCUUCGAAUGGAGAUCCGCGCGAGAACCCUCCACUUUCUGGACCUGGCAAUUUCAGAAGGCAACUAUCUCGUGGAAGAGUCGGCUGCAGAGCCUGACCCUCACGUGGUUGACCUCAAUGCCGAAUUGGCCAAUCUAGAUGACAUUGUUGCUGAUUCGGUCACACCCGAGUACCACCGCUUCCUCUUCGAAGGCCUGGCGAGCUUCAUGGAAGCCAUCCUGAUCGGUGCAGUCAAGAAGCUGAAAGCGAUCAAUCGAUCAGGAGUCUCAAAGAUGAUCCGGAACAUCUUGGCGCUGCAGCAAAACCUCAAGAACAUCAUUAUUAGUGAUGCAGGAGUCUCCUUUGACUCCUCGCGUCGCUUCUGGGAGCUCCUGUCUCUGUCUCCCGCCGAUAUGCUCGAAGCUGUCAAGAAGGAGACGCAAGCCACCUCGCGGGAUUCAACUUUACCAGAGAGAAAGUACGGCUUCGAAGAGGUCAAGAGCGCUCUGCAGCUCAUGCUUGGGCUAGAGAAUGCAGCCCCUGCUGCUGCGAGCAGUGCGACGGGCAGCGGCAGCGGUAGCGCCCUGCCUACGCUGAAGGCGGGCACAGUGGACGCCGAGGGAGGGGCGGUGUCUCGGCAAAAGUUCAAUGAAUAUCGUGAGUUGUCAUGGGGACCAAGGGAGGAAAAGAGCAGUUCGCGUCUGUUCUGA